UCGGCACCGCCCGCCUCACCUGCGCGUCCCGUUCCCUGCGCCGCUCGCAGGCACCUAAGCGCUGGUCCCGGACGUCGUGGGUCUUCGAGGUGAAAGGGGCAGUGCCCACGGGCCAGUUUAACAGCGGCGGAGGCAGGUGGGGGACCUUGACUGGGGUCAGCUUGCCGAGUUUCCCCGCUCGAGGAUAUUUUACUUCAAAUAAAGAACAUGGUGAAAAUAAUUCACACAUUAGCGGAUCAUGAUGAUGACGUCAACUGCUGUGCCUUCUCCUCUUCCCUCUUGGCCACUUGCUCUUUGGACAAAACAAUUCGCCUGUACUCCCUGAGUGACUUUAGUGAAUUGCCACACUCUCCAUUGAAGUUUCACACCUAUGCUGUCCACUGCUGCUGUUUCUCCCCUUCAGGACAUAUUUUGGCUUCAUGUUCAACAGAUGGUACCACUGUCUUGUGGGAUACUCAAAACGGACAGACUUUGGCAGUGAUGGAACAGCCCAGUGGUAGCCCCGUGAGGGUUUGCCGGUUUUCCCCAGACUCCACUUGUUUGGUAUCAGGGGCAGCUGAUGGAACUGUUGUUUUGUGGAAUGCACAGUCAUACAAGUUAUAUAGAUGUGCUAGUGUUAAGGAUGGCUCCUUGGUGGCCUGUGCAUUUUCUCCUAAUGGAAACCUCUUUGUCACUGGCUCCUCGUGUGGAGAUUUAACAGUGUGGGAUGAUAAAAUGAGGUGUCUGCAUAGUGAAAAAGCACAUGAUCUUGGAAUUACCUGCUGCGAUUUUUCUUCACAGCCAGUUUCUGGUGGAGAACAAGGUCUUCAAUUCUUUCGACUGGCAUCAUGUGGUCAGGAUUGCCAGAUCAAAAUUUGGGUUAUUUCCUUUACCCAUACCUUAGGUUUUGAAUUAAAAUAUAAAAGUACACUGAGUGGGCACUGUGCUCCUGUUCUGACUUGUGCUUUUUCUCACGAUGGGCAGAUGUUAGUUUCAGGAUCAGUGGAUAAGUCUGUCAUAGUGUAUGAUACUAAUACUGAGAAUAUACUUCACACCUUGACUCAGCACACCAGGUAUGUCACAACUUGUGCCUUUGCACCCAAUAUCCUUUUACUUGCUACUGGUUCAAUGGACAAAACAGUGAAUAUCUGGCAGUUUGACUUGGAAACACUUUGCCAAGCAAGGAUCGCAGAAGAUCAACCAAAGCAAGUUACUGAAGAUUGGUCAGAGGACGAUGUCUCCAACUGGCUUUGUGCACAAGGUUUAAAAGACCUUGUUGGUAUUUUCAAAAUGAAUAACAUUGAUGGACAAGAACUGUUGAAUCUUACAAAAGAAAGUCUAGCUGAUGAUUUGAAAAUUGAAUCUCUAGGGCUGCGUAGUAAAGUUCUGCGGAAAAUUGAAGAGCUCAGGACAAAGAUGAAAACCCUUUCCUCUGGAAUUCCUGAUGAAUUUAUAUGUCCAAUAACUAGGGAGCUUAUGAAAGAUCCUGUCAUUGCAUCAGAUGGCUAUUCAUACGAAAAGGAAGCAAUGGAAAAUUGGAUCAGCAAAAAGAAACGUACAAGUCCCAUGACAAAUCUUGUUCUUCCUUCAGUGGUACUUAUACCAAAUAGAACUCUGAAAAUGGCCAUUGAUCGAUGGCUGGAGACACAUCAAAAAUAAAACUUUUGUAUUGCAUUA